AUGCCUUCGAUCUUGCUAUUUGGCGUGACGGGCCUUGUUGGCUCUCAUCUCGUGUUGACCCUCAAGAAUGAAUAUCCCAGUCUCCCAGUGACGGUGUUCUUGCGAAACACCGUUCUCGAUACGUAUCUGUACGAAAUUGCUGGUGUCAAGCGGAUCGUGCACGGUACUUUCGACGAGAGGGACAAAAUUGUCGCACUGGCCAAAGAGCACGAUAUUGUGAUCAACGUGGGGUCGUCAUGGGAUGUGCCCCUGAGCGAGGCGAUCGUGGAAGGAUUGAACCAGCAACCGGAAGAGAAGAAGACCCUCAUCCAUAUGAGUGGAGCUGGUAAUUUUGUGGAUAAGAGGUGGACGGAUGGGGCGUUCCACGCGAACGCGAAGGUCUGGGAUGACAAUAAUCCGGAAGAUAUGAAGCUGAUCAACCCUUCCAUGCUCAAUGGUGGGCCUGAUACUGUAGUCUUGAACGCUGGCAAACGAAGCAACAUCGGCACCUACAUUGUCUUCCCCUCCGGCAUCUAUGGAGAAGCCGCGGGUCCGAUUCCAGCCUUGGGCGUGGUCCAGCUGAUCUACCGAGAAAAGGCCAAAGAGCUGGGAUUCGUGCCGUAUAUCGGUGAGGGCAGUGCCAUCUUCAAUUGCCUCCAUGUCAAUGCCAUAGCGCCCUUCAUGUUGAAGGUCUUGGACCUGACAUUGCACGAGGAUACACCUCAAGGGUCUGUCUAUGAGCGAUGUUUCAUCAUCGGCGGGCCUGAGAUUUCCUGGAAGGAGACAUCAGAAGCCUUCGCGAAGACUCUGUACGCCGAAGGGAUCGUGCCGACCCCUGAAGCCAGGAGUGUGACAUUGGAAGAAGCAGGCGAGGGCGAGUUGCCGAUGUUGAUGUCGCACAAUGUCAAGAUUGUGUCGCGACGGGCAGAGGAGUUGGGUUACAAGCAUAACGAACUUGGGCUGGUAGAAUUCUUGAGCAGAUAA